AAUGGAAUGUAGAUAGUAAAAUAAACAAAAUAACAUUGUUGUCCUAAUUUGAUUCACAAAAAUGGAGAAUUCAUUUUUUGAAUACCGAGAUAAGUCGGGAGUAGAAGUAGAAAGUGACUCAGAUACAGACAUUAUCGAAGAAAGUAUUCUCGAAGACUUGAUGCCGAAAACUCCUAUGAAAACUCCCAUGCGAAAUAACACCACGGUUGUACCUGAUUCAGAGGAAUCUCUUGUUUACGAUGGAUCGGAAGAUGAAAAAUACACGUCUCAGGCUUACAAAAAUGUCAUAGGGAGCAGUGAUGAUGAUGGGUCGGAAGAUGAAAAAGACACCCCUCAGGCUCCCAAAAAUGACAUAGGGAGCAGUGAUGAUGAUGGGUCGGAAGAUGAAAAAGACACCCCUCAGGCUCCCAAAAAUGACAUAGGGAGCAGUGAUGAUGAUGAAUCGGAAGAUGAAAAAGACACCCCUCAGGCUUCCAAAAAUGUCAUAGGGAGCAGUGAUGAUGAGGAAGUCUCACCAGAACUGGUACCCAGACGUCGCCCACCUACCCGCCCGAAAUCCCUAAACACCACAACAGACUCUCCCGUCAUCCGCAGAGUCAAGAAACGCAUGGUUCUCGACUCUGACUCUGACAACUCCAUUAUAUUAACCAAAGCCGGGAAAAGUAAAAUGUCAUGCCGGAAAGAUACGCCUUUCAAAAUUGAUCAUGGGAAAGGUCUUAAAAUAAACGAUAGCGAGGAAAGUGGCGACGAUGAUGGUGAAACUCAAGGGAAAGGUGAUGGUGAGGAAAGUGAUUAUGAUGCUAGGAAUGAAGAUAAGAUUGAAAAUGGUAAAGCGAACUAUGAUUAUUGUUUAACCGAUGAUAAUGAUAGUGAAAGUGAUUCUAGUCAUGACGAAGCUAUGGAGCAAGGAAAAGAUGACAAAGACAAUACCAGUGAGGAAAGUGAUGAUGACGCCAAAGUCGGUGUGAAAAGGGAUGAUGACCAUAAUGAGGAAGAUGAUGAUGAUGAAGGUCCUAACGAGGACCUGAUGGCUAUGUCGCGCGCGACAAGAAUGAGUAUUUUAGGAAUAAUACCGAAAGAGAACGAAAGUGACGAGUCGGACUUUAUCGAGUCUGAUGAGAGCGUAAAACGGAGCAUUGGAGGCUCAACAGAAAGCUUAAACGACCCACCCGCUGACAUCCCAACAAGGAGAAUACCUUUGGCUGAAUCCACCCAGCGACUCACAGAAAUGAACCUGUCACCUCUUGAUUCAGCAGGUCUUGACAGUGAAUCAGAUUUACCAGAAGUCAAUAUAACCACCCGGACACCACAUAAGCCACAAAAACCUUUGACACCAAUAAAAACGUUAGACGAUUCAGACAAAAAUGAUGAUUCAGUGUUAACCUGCUCACCAAUACAGAGCCCUUUGCGUGAUGUUACUGCAGAUUUUAACAAUUCUCCAAAAUCGCCUAGAAAAACUCUAAAAGACAAAAUUUUAAAUAAUUUACUAGCGAAUGAUAACAAAACUUAUUACGACGGAGAAGUUACAGUAGUUGACGGUGGUUUUGCGAAACCAAAAAGUAAAAUCACUAAGAACACUUAUUAUGACGGCGAAGUCACAGUUGUGGAAGAGCCGGGGAAAGUGGAGAAAGAGUAUGUGUGUGAAGAUGUGACUGUGAUUGAGUCGGUGCCUGAGGUCAUCAUGCUGAGCAGUGAUGAGGAGGAUGAGUUGUCCGUCCCAAAGGCCACCGUCAAAACUUCCCCAAAGAUCAAAACCUCUCCGAAGCCGAAGCCAGAUAAGCGCGACAACACCAUGAAACAGUACCUGCCUCCGCCCAGCUACCCAAACCAAGUGGUGUACGUGCAAAAACAUGUUCUGGACAAUGAGCUUAGCAAGCUCAACGGCCUGCAAGCAGACUUGCAUAACGUCAGGAACCUACUGGAUAACAUGGACGUCACAACACUCCCCGACCGCGGUACCAAACUUAUCACCCGUCUCAGCGAACUAGAGGCGGCCGUGCGUCGGCAAGGCGAUAGAGUCGGCAAUAUGGUGGUCGAGCCUUCUCAACCCACACCAACGGAUAUAGCCAGGGAUGGGUAUGACCAGGGACUGUCCUGGGACGAUCUGCAGAAGGCCAGCAAUGCUGUGCAGCCCAGGAUGUUUGGCAAGCAGGCGAUGUCAACUCAUCUUGCUGAGCGCAACCUAAUCCUCGAGCGUCUCCGCGACCUCCACUCAGCAUUAGACACACGACCGGCUGAAGAAGAGCAAGCACCAGCUCCGGCUGCCAUGAAAACAGAACUCAUGCCGCAUCAGAAACACGCGCUGGCUUGGUUACGGUGGCGUGAGGGGCUGAAUCCGCAUGGCGGGAUCCUUGCGGACGACAUGGGUCUCGGCAAGACUAUCACAAUGAUCUCCCUGAUCGCUGGCGACCGGGAGAUCGCUAAUGAUGGGGAGGAAUCCGAUGAUGAUGAUGAUGACAGACCCAGGGGCAAACUAACAAAAGGCGGCACACUAGUAGUAUGCCCGGCAUCUCUCAUGACCCAGUGGGAAGGAGAGGUUAAAAAACACUGUCUCCCUCACCGAGUAACCACGGUGCUACAUCACGGGGCCUCGCGGGCCACGCAGCCUCAACAACUCGCUCAUACUGAUAUUGUGAUGACGACGUACAACAUACUGCAGCGGGACAGUGAGAAGAACGGAGUCCUCAUGCGCAUGUCGUGGCGUCGCGUGAUCCUGGACGAGGCGCACAUGGUGCGCAACUACAAGAGCGCCACCUCCCGCGCCGUGUGCGGGCUGCGCGCGCGCCGCCGCUGGGCGCUCACCGGCACCCCGCUGCACAACAAGGAUUUGGACCUGUUCGCUCUGCUUAAGUUCCUGCGGUGUACGCCCUUCGAUGAUCUCGCCAUGUGGAAGAAGUGGAUCGAUAACAAAACCCAGGGCGGGCAGGAGAGGCUGAGCACCAUCAUGCGCUGCAUCAUGCUGAGGAGGACCAAGGUGCAGCUACAAGCUAAAGGGCAACUCAAGGACCUGCCGGAGCGAACCGCACACCAAUGCCACGUGACGCUCACUAAAGAAGAAAUGAACGUUUACCAGAAAGUGCUGGUGUUUUCGAAGACGCUAUUCGCUCAGUUCCUCCACCAGCGCGCAGAAAAGGAUGGCGAUUCUGUGCCGCGAGGGGGACACAAGGAUUCUGCCUACUACGAGAUGCACAAGAAGAUGAUUGCGCUACAAGGAGCAAAGCCAGUCAAAGCUCACGAGAUCUUAGUUCUCCUUCUGCGGCUCCGUCAAGUGUGCUGUCACUGCGGUCUCAUCGCCGCCAUGUUGGACGCGAAUGACACCGGCGUCAUUGAAGAGGACGAGGGCGGGAAAGAUCUACUGGCGGAGUUAAAUAAGUUGACCUUGGAGGACGCUAACAAGAGCGGCGAUAAGGCGAACGACUCUACAACAGACCCAGAGGAAGAAGGCACGACGGUAGCCGAGGCCAUCCGCUCCGUGCUCUCUCCGAACAACCCCGUGUUCCAACUUACCAUGCGCUCCUCUAAGAUUAAAGCUGUAAUGGACUGUCUUAAGAAAAAUGUGCUGGUCAAUAAAGGUGAAAAAGCUGUAGUAGUAUCCCAAUGGACGUCAGUGCUAAGUCUCGUGCAGACAGAACUAAAGCAGGAGCGAGUGAAAAGCGUCACCCUCAGCGGCACCGUGCCCGUCCCAGCGCGUGCUGCCCUCGUCAACGCGCUCAACGAUCCCAAGUCUGACGUCCGGGUAAUGCUCCUCUCCCUAUGCGCCGGUGGCGUGGGUCUCAACUUGUGCGGAGCGUCGCACCUGCUCCUGCUGGACCCGCACUGGAACCCGCAGCUGGAGGAGCAGGCGCAGGACAGGAUAUACCGCGUCGGGCAGACUCGCCCCGUACACGUGUACAGAUUUAUGUGCCUGGACACGGUGGAGCAGACGAUCCGCAAACUCCAGGAUGCCAAACUGGAAAUGGCGGCCGCCGUCCUCACCGGCGCGCGGCACACGAGCGCAUCGAAGCUCAGCAUAGAGGACCUCAAGGUCCUGUUUAAUAUGGGGCCGCAGUAACUUCAGUAAUAUUGAGCAAUUUUGGCCCCACUGCUGCUCAACGUCACCAAAAAUGAGGAAAACACCUUUUCACGUAUAGAGGUGCUGGUAAGGACGACUAGUGCACAUCGAAGACUCGAAGGUACACUCUUCAACGGUAAAUGUUGAGCUCCAGUACUCCUGAUCAUAAAUGUUGAAAGAAAUCGACCCCUUCACGAAAGGAGGCGUUGAUAUAUCAAUAUUUCCGCAAAGAACAGUAAUAACUUCCACAUGAUGUGCUGGAGGUGCCAUCGUGCUCACCGGCGCGAAACACACCAACUCCCAGGCUUAGCAUGCAAGACCUCAAGACGGUGACGUCAACAUUAAGGGCAUCAGCUCAACGAGGAUUCCAAGUGCUUCUGGCCCUGACAUAUGCAGAGUGGCCAAAAUAUAUGUGCAUUCCCGUUGCCAGGGAGGUUUUUGGAUUAUACUGAGCAACUUUUACUAUGGGACCAACCACGAAAUCGCGAAAAAAAUUUGGCUGUUUCAUACAUUUUGGCUGGUCCAUUUUCUAUGGGAGGGUAAAUUUUUUUUUCGCGAUUUCGUAAUUGGUCCCAUAGUAAAAGUCGCUCAGUACAAUCCCAAAACCUCCCUGGCGACGGGAAUGCACAUAUUUUUUGGCCACCCUGUAUAUUAAAAAUGUCACAAAUAGUUAUUAUUAAGGAUGCCCCAGUGCUUACUGAACGUCAGAAAUAAACUAGUUACACAUACUUAGUCCGCUUAUGUCACAAGAUGCCGGAUAAACCAUAAACCUGGAAUGGCGGCUAAAUUACACAUAUAUUUUGGGUCAGAAAAUAAAAUAAAAUAUUGUAUUGUUAAAUCAGGUUUAAAUUUCUCGCUCGUAGUAAUCUCGAAAAUUCAAUAUUCGAUAGUAGGAAUUUAUGGUAAUUAAUUUUGCUUUGAAUACUUUUUAUGUUUAAUACAAAAUGUAGAAAUGUAGGAAUGUACAAUCAGUGCCAUAAGUAAUGAAAAUAAUGUAGAUAAUUUUGAAGUAAUUUCAGAGCACUUAUUUUUGUUACUUUUGACACUGGGUAAUAUAUCGUGAUAAUAAAUGGUUAAAUAAUAAUUUUAUAAUUUUCAAUGGGUACUUGACAUAUCUUAGAUUAAACUUUAGAUUUAUAAAUGAUUUUAAUGUUAUUUUUGAAUUUUUAUAAGAGACCGUUUAAUUCUUACAAUAAAUAAAUAAAUAAUGUAAAUAAAUUGUUUUUAUUUAGA